AUGGCCCAGGAUGGCUCCAAUCGCCAAUUUGCUCAGUCACCUACCGUGGCUGCCCUCAAAUACGAUGCUGGUGUUGGUCCCGAACCACACAAGGUUAUGAUGGAAAGAAGCUUGAGUCAAGACAUUCAAGAAGGAACUAGAGAGCUCAAGGAUGCUGCUGAACAAACAAGAAAUAUCAUACUCGACCUCAGCCUGGAUGGAAUUGUUCGGUGGGUUAGCCCUUCGUGGACCGAUGUCGUUGGAACACAACUGGAGAACGUCAAAGGCAAGCCGAUAUCUCAGUAUAUACAAGGCGACAAAGAUGUCUUCACCAAGGCUAUCACUGCACUGAAAUCCAACGACUCGAAAAGUCAGUAUGUCAAAUUCGCCAUCACAACCUCAGAGUCUGGAGCUCUUGGUCCCAUGCUGGAUGUCCAAUCCAGUCAGUCAGAGAAGAGCCUCGAAGAUGGUCAGAAUAAUACACGGGAUGAACAAGUCCUUCUUGAACUUGAGGGACAAGGUAUCAUGGUCUGGGACCGCGCUACCGGAGGAGAAACCCAUACUAUGUGGAUGUUACAACCCGCUGCCGAACCUAUCCACAUUGAGGUAGAGUUUCCCAGAGUUCUGGUCGAGAUGUUGGGUGUCGGUGCCGAGCUCCUUGCCAACUACCUUUCCGAACUCACUGAAGCUGGUGCUAAUGACCCUGCUAACCAUCCACCACCACUACCCAUUGUCUGUCGCAUCUGUGAGCGCUCAAUUGUCCCUUGGUGGUUCGAAAGGCACUCUGAUUUGUGCGUCCAAGAACACAAAUCCGAGAUGGACAUUCAAAUGGUGCAAGAGGGCUUGACAGAACAUCGUCACGCUAUCGUCAAGGUACUCGAUGCUUUCGAUACACGCCAAAGUCGAUCUGGCGACAACACACCACUUCCUCCUCAGCCGGAGUACAAGGGCAUGCCGAUCGGCUCAUCGCCCUCAGCUUCGGCCCUCUCCUCUCUCGCUGGAUCACAGAAUCCUAGUCCGGCUCGGUCUCGAAGCCCAUCGACUGCUGGUCCGGGUCAUACAAGAGGUCGUUCCUCUUUCAUCGUGCGCCGACCCCUCGUGAGAGUGGUGGAACUCCUUCUUGACCUUUGCGAUACAGCGAUCGAGAUCAAUGUGCCGUCUAUCAAAGAUACCAAGAGCGAAGAUGGCGAUGAGUUUCGAACUCAAUCGCCUGUUUCUGAAUCGCGAAUCAGUCAGAUCAUGCAUUGGCAGUCACCUAGCACCGUCGAUAUUGAACCCGGUCUCGCAGCUCUGAACGCCGAUACGGAGAAGUUAGCUCGAGCCAAAGUCGAAGCAGUACAUCGACAUCAGUUUAUACUUGAGUACAGCGAACGUAUUCGACAAGAAUACCUUGCUGAAGUAGACGCUUGUAUUUUCGAAGCUCUUGCAAAAGCGCAACGCAUUGCUGACGGCGAAUCGAGUGCGAGUGAGGACGAACUUGAGAUGGACGAUAUGAGCCCUCCUGUUGAGGACGAGCUUGCUGUCGUUACUGAACCUACACCUGUGGAGGCUCCAAUCGAAGAACCUGAAGUCACGAGGUCACAGUCUAGACCACAGCUAAGAUCGAUGGCAUCUGCUCUCCGAAACACGCUUGAUGCCCCUGCGCAGCUCGUGGAUGCCCGUCGUCCAUCUUCGCAAGCUGUGUCGACAGGCUCAAGCAGUCCUCAAGAAUGCCCAACACCAAAGUCUACAAAAAGCAACCUCGUUCAGCAACCUCAACCGCUUCACAAACGUCGUUCAAUGUAUACUGCUCCAGACGAAGGUGAAGUAAGCGACAGCAGCUCGCCGUCAAUAUCGAGCUCUGCGUACGAACGACGCAUGGAUUCUCCUGCGCCUUCAGCUGAGUUGUCAUUGAGCCGAUCUGCAAGCUUAAGAAAUAGAAAGCGCCGAAGCAUGCAUUUGCACGGCUUGAGCUCGGCGUCACCACAUCGGGGACACUCGCCGAGUCACCUUCCACAUGUGCCUGCUAGCCCUCUACGAGCAACUAAAGGCCGCUUACCUAGCGUUGAUGCAUCCACACAGUCACCGAUCGUCUCACCCUUGCUUACUUCUGGGGAGUUUCCUUCAAGCCCUCAUUACCACCACCCACAUCACAGAAGACAAUCAUCGAUACACUCCUCAGAUGUGAAAAUUCCACUGUCACCACGCUUGUCUUCAGUCGCUCAUCCUCAACCUAGAGCUCAACCACCGUCGAUCAAAGACUUUGAGAUAGUCAAGCCAAUCAGUAAAGGUGCAUUUGGUAGUGUAUACUUGUCAAAGAAGAAGUUGACUGGAGAGUAUUUCGCGAUCAAAGUACUACGCAAGAACGACAUGGUAGCCAAAAAUCAAGUCACUAACGUGAAGGCGGAAAGGGCCAUUAUGAUGUGGCAAGGUGAAAGCGACUUUGUUGCAAAACUCUACUGGACAUUCUCGAGCAAGGAUUAUCUGUUCUUGGUAAUGGAAUAUCUGAACGGAGGGGAUUGUGCAUCUCUUGUCAAGAUCCUUGGCGGUUUGACAGAAGACUGGGCAAAGAAGUACGUUGCUGAGGUGGUACUAGGAGUCGAGCACCUUCAUAGUCGCGGGAUCGUGCACCGAGAUCUCAAACCCGACAACCUGUUGAUCGACUCAAAAGGUCACCUCAAACUGACUGAUUUUGGCUUAUCCCGUAUGGGUCUUGUAGGUCGACAGAAGCGUGCGCUAAAGAGCCCAGAGGAGCCAGAUCCCGAAUUGUUCAAGCAUGGACACUUCUCAUCUCAAAUAUCAGGACCCACGUCUCGGUCGGCCUCUUUCGACUACAAUACUGGUCCUUCUCCAGGACAGACGCCGUUGAUGACUCCCUCCUUGGCUGGUGGACUUGAUCAACCGUCAUAUUUUAGUCUCAACCGGGAGACGUCAUCGAGUAGGGACUUCUCACGCAGAGCUUCUGGUUACAGAAGUGAUAGUGGUAGUCUCUCUACUCACGACUUACUUCAGUCCUUCUCCGGACUUGGUCUCAGUGAUAGCAACGAAGGUGGAAGACCACUUUCCAUGUAUCAUAAGCACAUUUCCAUUGAGGAGGAGACAUUGUCGCAGGCAAGCGCAUCUCCAGAUCUAAUACCCCUAUCGCAGUCUGUGAGCAACAUUUCACAGGCUCAUAUGGCUGGCUCACAAAUGUUGCCACCACCGACUGCUCUUUUCGAUCCUCAAGAGAAUGGGAAAAGAUUCGUUGGUACUCCCGAUUAUCUGGCACCCGAAACUAUACGUGGCACCACUCAAGAUGAGAUGUGCGACUGGUGGUCUCUGGGUUGCAUCCUUUUCGAGUUCUUGUACGGCAGUCCUCCCUUUAAUGCUCCUACUACUGAAGAGGUCUUUGACAAUAUCCUAAAUCGCCGUAUUGCAUGGCCAGAGGAUGAUGAUGAGGUCGAAGUGUCAGACGAUGCUAAAGAUCUUAUCAACAAGCUCAUACAGCUUGAUCCGCAAAAGAGGCUAGGAGCAAAUGCGGAGGAUAAAUACCCUAGUGGUGGUGCCGAGAUACAGGCCCAUCCAUGGUUUUCGGACAUUAAUUGGGAGACUCUUCUGGAAGAUGAAGCGCAGUUCGUGCCAAACCCAGAGAAUCCCGAGGAUACAGAGUAUUUCGACAGUCGAGGUGCAACAUUACAAGCAUUCCCUGAAGAGAUGGAAGACGCAAUGUCACCUCCACUAAGCACAUCUGCUGGAAGCGAGUAUCCCGACCGACCACACGAUGCACUAUUCAGAGCUCGAAGCCAGAUAUCGUCCGUAAAGAGAGGGCUGAUGCCCUUGCACAUUCCACCUCAUAUUGCGCGGGACUCGAGGAGUCGACGUUUGAGUGAGCCUGUUAUUGCCGAUGAUUUCGGGAAUUUUAACUUCAAGAACUUGCCUGUGCUUGAAAAAGCAAACAAGGACAUCGUGGAAAAGAUGCGGAAAGAGACAAUGCAGGCUCAAGCUCGUUCAGCUCAGUCCAUGCAUUCUGCUAGCUCGUCACUGUCCCAGCCUGCCUCGACAAUACCGACACCUUCAGUCACAUCUCCAACACCUUCCAUAGAGGGCAGUCCUAUGCUUCCUAUGCCUGUGCAAAGGGCUCUAUCAGUUAACAAGCAUCCUCGACCUAGUUCACCUUCGGGAUUUGCAAGCGCCAAUGCCUCGCCAAGUCGAGGUUCCCAACCAGGUUCUCCUAUGCUGCAGUACGCAUCCGUUCACCACGAAAGACGGAAGACUUCAGGCUCGUCGAACUCAAGCAAUUUGCAAAAUUCAACUGUCUACGAUCCAUCUGCUGCAAGAGUGCCACAAUCCACCGCUUCGCCUGUGAAAAGACUAUCAUCGAUAUCACCCGCAAAACCGCUGAACUCCACCUUGCAGCCGGGCACACCUGGCAGAAAUCGUUCACACACAGUGGGGUCACAGGACAGUGAAGGACAACUAAGAGAGCCGUUCGUACCUGGGCAUCACAAACGGCGCAGCCAACUUUUCACUCGAGACCAAUCGCCAUCUUCCUCCGACAAUGAGAAUACUGCUCACGCAAAAGCGCUGCUCAAAGUCCAACGGAAACGCCAGAGCUCCAGAAGAAUGUCGCAAUUCAACAUACUCGAAGGUCCUGCUUAUCGUCCGCUUGAUAUCCUGAUCUGUGAGGAUCAUCCUGUCUCGAAGAUGGUCAUGGAGAAACUCUUUGAGAAGCUCCGAUGCAGGACGAUCACUGCGACAACAGGGCCGCAAGCAAUAGGCUAUGCCGUAACCCAGAUACAAUACGACAUCAUCUUCACUGAGUACAAAUUACCUCUGACUAAUGGUGUUGAUGUAGCGAGAAUGAUCAGGGACACUAAAAGUGCCAAUACCCAUACUCCAAUUGUUUGCAUUACUGGCUAUCUUAAAGAUUUACCAGAAGAGCACCAAUUCGACGCUUUGUUACAAAAACCGCCUACUAUCACUAAAUUGACAGAAGCACUUUGCAAAUUCUGCUCAUGGAAGCCGCCACCGAAAGAUUACCAGCCUACCAUGCCAUUGAAUUUACCUCUGCAACGCCCUCAGGACAGUCCAAGCUCAAUUAGUAGUAUACCAACAAUGCUAGAAUCACUGCAGGGAUCUACUCGUGGGGAUUCAAUCAGCAGUGGCGGGUUCUUCAGUGACAUGGAAUCCGUAAAGAACGACGACAUCCCAUUUGUUAUAUCACGAACUGGGACGGAUGACUGGACACGUGGCGGCCUGGGCAUAACAGGAGAUAGCACAAGUGACAUGCACAUUCCUGUACAGUCUGUCAUUCCUCGACUUCUGCACACUGAAUCCGCACCACCUGAUUUCAAUGACAUUGCCACAUCUCAACAGCCGCUAAUUGAGCGUCAGACUAUACCAGAACUGACUCGCACAAAGCGUGGGUCUGUCGAGAAAGUGCGUAACAUCACUGGAGGUGCUGAGGAAGGCGAUGACGAAGACGAAGAACUCGGAAACCUCCACGGGCGGCAGAAGUCACCCCGACCGACACGCACAGGCUCAAAGCUUGGUCAUGAGAUGCUUCGCACUAAUAGUCGGGGUAGCGUCAUCUCAUUCAACGAAGAUCGCCUGGCGGAACCUGGUAGUUUGCGUAGGUCACUCGAGGUACUCGAAGGUCGCAUGGAGGGUUUGCGGAUCGCCGAAGAAGACACCGUCAUCCUCGGCUCUGUACAACCGCGAAAGGGUAUGAGGACAUCUUCCGAGCAUUCUCAUCCUGAACCCGAACGACCAUCUAGCCGAGGGCACAUCACACCGCCGGUGCUGUUCCCGCAGCUCCCAGGCAAUACGAUCAAGGAGUUCGAAAUUGACGAUCAAGCGACACCAAUGCCAAAUAAAACGAUUGAUUUUGGCGAUCAGCCAACACCUAAAGCACGAAGCGAAAACGGCUCAACGUUCCAGCAACAGGACAUCUAA